ACCAACUUCACUACGGUCGCCAUGACUCAAAAUUCAAACGUCAAAUAAAAAAUAUCCGUGCAGUGAAACAGAGUGACAUAGCUAAAAAAUAAAAAAAAAAUACAAAAAUGGUCUUGGAAAGUACAAUGAUCUGUUUUGAUAACAGUGAUUACCAAAGAAAUGGUGAUUACUUUCCAACACGUCUCAAUGUCCAAAAAGAUGGAAUCAAUUUAGUUUGUUUGACCAAAGUUCGUUCAAAUCCAGAAAACAAUGUCGGAUUGAUGACAUACUCAAACACCGUAGAAGUACUUGCAACUCUAACCAGCGAUGUUGGUCGUAUAUUUUCCAAAAUGCAUCUCAUCCAACCAAAAGGAGAAAUUAAUCUUUUAACCGGAAUUCGCAUUGCUCAUUUGGUUCUAAAACAUCGUCAAGGAAAGAACCAUAAAAUGCGUAUUGUUGUUUUUGUUGGUUCACCAAUCAACAAUGAAGAAGGUGAACUCACCAAGUUGGCAAAACGUUUGAAAAAAGAAAAAGUCAAUGUUGAUAUUGUUAGCUUUGGCGAUCAUGGCGAUAAUAACGAACUUUUGACUACAUUUGUUAAUGCUUUAAACGGCAAAGAUGGUACUUCAUCCCAUUUGGUCAGUGUACCCCGUGGAUCUGGACUCUCCGAUGCACUUUUAUCAUCACCAAUCAUUCAAGGUGAAGAUGGUAUGGGUGGAGCUGGAUUGGGUGGUGCUGGCUUUGAGUUUGGUGUUGAUCCCAAUGAAGAUCCAGAAUUGGCAUUGGCUUUGAGAGUUUCCAUGGAGGAGCAGCGUCAACGUCAAGAAGAUGAACAGCGACGUGCAAUUGCUGAUUCGAAUGUUGCUGGCACUAAUGAUGGCGAAACUACUGAUACAAGUGCAACUGUUGCUGCAACUGAAACUAUCGAUGAACCAAGCAACGAGGAAGCAAUGUUGCAACGUGCACUUGCUAUGUGUAAUGAAGGGCCUGAGGACAACAUGCCAGACUUUGCCAAUAUGACUGAAGAAGAACAAAUUGCCUUUGCAAUGCAAAUGUCGAUGCAAGAUGCCGAUGAAACAGUCACUCAGCAAGCUAAGCGCCCUAAAACUGAUGAAGCUGCACCAAUGGAAGUAGAUGAAGACUAUUCUGAAGUUAUUGGAGAUCCAGCAUUUUUGCAGAGCGUUUUAGAAAAUCUGCCUGGAGUAGAUCCUCAAUCUGAAGCCAUUCGUGAUGCUGUUGGUUCUCUUAACAAAGACAAGGAUAAGAAAAGUGGAGAUUCUGAUAAAACAAAGAAAAAGUAAAUUAUCCUACACAUCAAUGAAGCCACCUCCUCGUUUAAUUAAAAAAAAAAGAAGAAAAUACUUGUGCUUAUGGAUAAAUUCUUCAUAAAUUCAUUUGCGUUAUACGCUCAUUUACAAGAAAUAAUAAUAAAAUAUAAUAACACUACUUUUCAAUAAAAAUUACAAUUAAAAAUAAA